CAACGGUGAACCAUUUCUUUGAAUAUCUGCAGACCGUUUCGGAUCUCCGUGUUUGCGUGACCAAGGGUAUAUGAAUGCCAUGGGGCCCAUGGGGCGUGUAUGAUUUGUUUCUCCAAGUCAUGAGUAGCUUCUUGUUCCUAGUAGCGAUGCCAUGAAGCCGCACUCUUCACCACCCAAUCAACAACCGCACGCUGUUCUCAAGUUUCUGGGGAAGGCGACGAACUGGCAGCAAGCACUUCGGGUGUUCGGCGGGCUUCCACACAAAGACCAAAAUGUCAAGACCUUUGGCGCCGCUAUUGGUGCAUGCGCAUCAUCUGGGGAGUGGGAACUAGCACAUUUGCUUUUGCGGGAGCUUUUGCACCACACUCAUGUACAAGGGAAUGCGAUUGCCUAUAGUUCCGCUAUACGUGCGUGCAAGCCCAGUGGUGCUUGGCAACAAGCAAAUGUCUUGUUGGGGGAAAUGGCAACAAAGAAUGUGGAAAGAAACCUGGUGACUUACAAUAUUGCACUGUCUGUAAUGGAGAACGUGCCGCACAAAGCCGCAUGGCAGGCUGCCUUUCGUAUGCUGGAGGUGCUGAGGGAGGACACUUUGCAAGGAGAUAUUUUCACAUGUUCAUCACUGAUCUCAAGCAGCUUGCGCAACACUGCAUGGCAUACAGCAGUUCUUCUGUGGCGGCUUGCUCCGGCUGCGGUCCAGCCGGACUACAUAUUUUGGAGUUCAGUGUUCAAUGCUUGUGCUUUCAGCGGGGCCUGGUCCUCUGCAGUCUUUUUUUUGGGGGAGCUCAGGAAGCAAAGGCCAAGGGAUCGAAUGGUGUCAAAGCAGUGGACCAUGCUUUACAACUUGGCCAUCAAUGCUUUCAGUUCGUGUGGGCAAGAGGAAUCACACUGGCAAAGAGCCCUUUCACUCCUGCAAGGUUUAGGGGAAGCGCAGGGAGAAGCAUCUAUCGUAACGUACGGUUCGAUAGUGAGUGUGUGUGCUGAUUGUGAAGGGUGGCAGUGUGCACUGGCACUGGUACAACACUUGGAUGAUCAGGAGCUCAAGCUGGAUCUAGUGACUUGCAGCUCUGCAAUCUGCGCGUGCAGGAAGCAGCCCCAAAAAGCCACAGCAAUGUUGCGAGGGCUCCCUACUCGGAAGCUUGAAGCAGACGUAAUUAGCUACAAUGCGGCCAUCCAGAGCUGUUCAGCAUGGGCGAGUGCGGAAUCAAUGUUGCGUGAGUUGCAGCAAGAUGCGGUGGAACCUUCGACCAGAAGUUACCCGACAGUACUCAGGAUUUGUGAACAUUCAGCAGCAUGGCACCGGGCUGUACUCCUGUUAGAAGAGCAUGUCGAACGUCUGAGGACUCUGCGGAAUCCGACUGGCGAAGAUCGUGAAGGCCUCCUUCGCAGCUUCAACAUUGCGAUCAGUUGUUGCCAAGAGAGCCACUUAUGGAAGCAAGCCUUGCUGAUACUGCAGCUGUGCAUGAACAUCUCCAAACCCAGUGUUGUCUCUUUCAGCUCGGCCAUUAGUGCCUGCGAGAAAAGUGGGCAGUGGCCGCAAUCUCUUGCACUCCUGAGGCAUAUGGAAACCGCAUUGUUGGAUGCAAACACAAUAGCCUGUAACGCAGCCAUUGGCUCUUGCGAAAAGAGCGGCCAGUGGCAAAUUGCUGAAGCUCUUUUCCAAGAGAUCUGCCAAGCAAGCGAUAUUGAAGCUGACCGAAUCUCCUACAACUCUUGCAUGAGUGUUUUAGCAACAGCUGCUCAAUGGAGGAGAGCUUUGGUUCUCUUUGGCGAGCUUGGAUCAGAAGCCGACGACAUUGCGUAUAGUUUGGUCAUGCGCGCUGCCCAACGGGCGAGCAAGUGGGAAGUCGCACAGGUUUUUGUCGAUAUGAUUGCUGGCUUGAGCUUUUGCGCUAGACCUCGAUUCCAUGAUCUGAACCCGAAGCUCUACGUGAAUAUUUGCGACUUUGCAGCUGCCACUUUUGAUCAAGCAGGGCAAUCAAUGCCCAUCACCUACUGCCUCGAGGUAGUGCAGACUUAUAGCCUCCUAGAGCUAAGGGAGGUGCAGAAGGGACCAAAGGGAGAAGAGCUGGAAACACAACCUUUUCAGACGCCACUGAAGCCUGCAAGGCCAACAAAUUCCGAGGACCCACGGUAACCUUAAGACAUACUCUGACCUUUCCUUAAGACGGCCUCGCCUAGUACUUGAUGUAAGGAUAGUAAGA